AUGGAGAUGACCACCACCUCUUCUGCUCAAGGGGAUGAGAAGUAUGUGGCACCAAGCGGGAAUCAGAAGCGUGCAAAAACUGGUGUUGGGCAUCUGAUUGUUAGGGGCAUGGAUUUUUCUGGCGGAGGAGACCAACCUCGAGGGGUCUCCAAGAUCUCCCUAAUAAUUCUCCUAUGGAACGCUAAGAGGCCAAUCUUGGUCUCCCUUGCUUCUCAGCUAGGGUUCUGGAUCAAGAAAAUUGGAGGAGGCGGUUGGUGUUUGGCUGGAUCUGUUACGAUGCUCACAAUACGUUCUUGA